AUUACGUUUCUUCCUUAGAGCCUGUGGCUACCGGGGCUAUUUCUGAUACCGCUCUGUACCAUACAGCUGUUCAUACUGUGCGUACCGGGUAUGCUGAUCCAGGUAAAAGCAUCCAAUCUGACGGAUACGAUCUACGGCAUUGCCUGGCACGAGUUGCAUCAGCAGAACAAGCGGAUCUUUCACCUGUUGCUACACCGUAGUCAGCAUCCGAGUGGACUCACCUGUGCCGGAAUGGCUAACAUUGACAUGAAUCUGUUCAUGAGCGUUAUGAAAAAGGUGUACUCCAUUUUUAUGAUGCUGGAAAAUAUGUAACUGAGAAGAGAGAGAGAGAGAGAGAUAGAGAGAGAAAGAGAGAGAGAGAAAGAGAGAGAGAGAGAGAGAAAGAGA